UAAAAUGAGUUUGUUCAAUUUUUAAUCUCAAUACUACUAGGAUUUUUAGGCCAUAAAACUCACAAUCAGAGACUAAAGAGCAGAAAAAGUAAAAUUUUAAAGGGAUGCUAUCUAGAAGAAUAACUCUCGUUAAUAAUAUCCUGCUGAGAGUUACAUGCGUGAGAGAUCUUUUGUUAAUGCGUAGAGUAGUUUAGAGUUGAUCGCUUAGAUUUUUUGGUUACCUGUAAAAGAGUCAGUAAAUAGCAGGUAAAAUUAAAUAAAAUAUUGUCUUGAAUGAAAUUCCUUUAAUUUGAGGAUGCCAGAGGAAACCAUUUAAAUAGCCAGACGGCGCAGAGAAGGGCAUCAUUACAUCUCAAGCAUCCAAAGAGUAAACAACUAAAAAAUACUUUUAAAAUAAAAAAUUUAAAAAUAAUACCAAAUAAUAAAUUCAAAUAUCAAACAUGGCUUUGGGUUCAGAAAAUAUGGUUUAUCAUCAACAACCCACACAAUACCAACUACAGCAACACCGUGCUCAACAGCAGCAACAACCACUAAGGGAAGUUUUAAGAACUCGUAAUGUAAACCACCAAAGAUCUAUAGCACCUGCACCAUAUACAAAACCUUCGGCAAACAGCAGCAUGUUAGCCGGUACUACCUUGGACUCUAACAAUCCAGCCGUAGUGAGACGCAAUGCUCGCGAACGCUGCCGUGUUAAGCAAGUCAAUGAUGGUUUCUCCACCUUGAGAAAACAUAUACCCACAGCAAUUAUAGCUGAAAUUAGUAAUGGCAGACGUGGUAUUGGCCCUGGCGCCGACAAGAAGCUCAGCAAAGUUGACACUUUGCGCAUGGCUGCCGAAUAUAUACGUCGUCUUAAGAAUUUGAUUGAUGAAGUAGACAGCAGCAGUGAUGCCUCCAGUGUAUCUUCAUAUGGAGCAGCUUCAACGAGCUCACCCGUUUCAUCAUAUGCCUCUUCAACCAGUAGCUCACCACCACCUUCUCUAUAUCUCAAUCACACAACUGGCAGCAAUAACUACUAUCAACAACCACAACAAGCUCAAACCUCAUUACCAUACUGUCCAUCUUUAAGUUAUGCCGGCAGCUUUCAACAACACAAUUUAAUUUCACCAGCCAAUUCCAGUACUUCCCAGGAAUCCUAUCAAUUCCAUCAUUCACCAAAUCAUUAUCAAUCAUCGGCCCCAUCGACAUUUGCAUUGAAUACACCAAAUACUACACCCAUUAAGUUGGAACCAACCUCAUCAUCAUUCAGUUUUGAUGAUUAUCAUCAUAACAAUACCAGUUCUGCCUCAUCCACAGACGAUGAAGAACUUUUGGACUACAUAUCCUUGUGGCAAGAUCAAUAAAUGCUGCAACGUCAUCAUCAAUAAGCAACGAUUUUGAUAAUCUAGUCUGCCUUUUAAUGUUACAGCAAAAAUAGAAAAAAAAACAACAUACCAUUGAUUGGUCUUCGCAAAAGUAUUAUUCAUUUUAUUACAACACGGUAAUGAAUGAAAGAAUGAAUGAAGUGUGAGAAAGAGAGAGGAGUUUCUACCUCAUGAAUGAUUAUUGUUAAAUGAAAAUGUACAAAUUAGUUUUAAGUUUUUAAUUGCUGUGCCUGUUAUUUUUUACAAACAUAUUUAUUACGUAAGUUAGUUUUUGUAAUUAUCUUUAAAUGGAAGACAAUGAUUUAAAAAUAUUUUAGUUUUAUAGAUUUAUUAUAUUUUUUUAAUUUUAAGAAAUGGAGGACACUAAACUAAAUAGACAAUAUUAUUUUUUAAAAAGAA